AGAAACUCUACCAAACCAAACUGCACCAAAUUCUCCGGUCCCCGCCUCAGCGCCUCCGCCAUCGACAUCCCACCCGCCCGUCCCCUCGCGGCUCGCGCCCGACGGCCCGAGGCAUGGCGACGCGGAACCGCACGCCGCUCUACCGCAAGUACCGCGACGCGCUGCGGCACGUCCGCGCACCGGCCGGGGCGACGUCGUCGUCCUGCGGGGGCGGGGGAGGGUCGGUGAUCGAGAUGGCCUCGCUGCUGCGCUCCGACCGGCCCUACGCGCCCCUCAGCAUCGAAGACCCCUCCGCCUCCAGGUGCCACCACCUCCAACUCCCAACACCCCCUCGCAUGUCGUCUGGCCUCUGCGGUUUGGGAACCCACUGAAGGUUGCUAGCUGCGACGCGGGGUUGCAAGAUAUCACUAGACUCGGCAUUAACUUGAUCUAGGUCAUGUUUGGGACAGCUCUACCAGCUCAAGAUCCACCAAAACAGCUCUACUCUAUGAAAAGUUACCUGAAGGAUCCAGCUCUAACAAUUUCAGAUUCACCAAAAUGAUGGAUCUAAAGGUUACAUUCACCAUUUCCGUGGACCUCCUCAAGGGGUACUCCACCAAACCGACUUUGAUUGAGUUGGAAAAAACUACCCACCACUGUCACAUGUUAUAGAUCAAGAACACAGUCGAAGUACAAAAUCGUUACGGAUCCCUCGGCUCAACUGGUGUCUACCUAAAGAAAAAACUAUGAGCUCUAGAAUGAGUGCUCUAAACAAAUGACAUUCAAGAGAUGUUGAACUAAUCAGUCCUCCCCUCUAUUUAUAGAGGGUUAUUCUCACUUCCUAAACUACCCCUAUUUACAUAGAGCAUAUCUACUCCACUGGAGGCGAAAUGGACCAACUCCUAGGUUUUCGAUCCGACGGCCACGUCCUUCACACGGAGUUGCUUCGCCUUGACGCACCCUUCGUGAUCACGCCACGUGCCGCCACUGGUUCCCUCCGGAACCGCCGCUGUCGAGUUUUGAGGCCCAAACUCAGCAAAACCCGCCAUUUGUAGCGCUGGGUGGUUUUGAGGCCUAAACCACCAAACCUGCCGUGAGCACCGCACCUCGUGCACAUCCUCCACGAUUACACGCGUGUUCCGUCAGUGCUCGACCACGCCGGCAACACGGUCCACUCCACCACGUCCUCUCGCGAGUGUGUGUCCCAGGUGUCAGCCACCGCGGCUGGUCACUCGACUGCUCUGGUCCGUCAGUCAAGACCCAGCAGUUGCCCUUCACCGCUCCCAGUCCAUCAGCAUGAGCCUGUAUGACCUUCACCUCAGCCGUCGACCACCGUCCCUUUGCUCCACACCUGCACACCACAAGCCGACCAACAUGGUUGCACAUGCAUAAUCUCACAUUCUGGUCAGUUCACUGACUACCCCGAAGUGCUACCCGUUGAUAAUCACUCAUCAUCAAACUGAACCACAAGGGACAAGUCAACCUUGUGUUCGCAUUCAUGUUUUUAGUGGUGGAACUGCCCCAAACAAGCCCUUAGUCAAGCCUUUGCAUGUUAGCUAAUUACUAAAAAAACUUGACCGGUGGGGGAAAGACCACCUCUACGGUAUUUCACUAAGAAGAGCUCAACCAUAGCCCGGCCAAAAAAAGCCAUGAAUGCUAGCUCCCUCAUACAUGGGGACCAUAUGGUUCGGACCUUGACCCGUGCUUUGAGGCCCAACCCACACUACCAGCCCCUUACACGAGGGCCCAUUCACCAUAGGUCGGUUCACCUAUACUGACCAAGGGAACUAGCGAGUUAUUUUUUUUAACCUUAGCCUGAAAUUCGCUCCCAUGGGGAGUCGAUCCUAGGACCCGAGGAGUGCUACUUAGAUGCGGAAGAUGCCUAACCAACUUAGCUAGAGGCUCUUUCGCAACUAAUUACUACAAGACAAUGACCUAUGUAGCAUACAUGCGAUUUCGCUUUCUGGGGACUUGGAAUUUCUGCCAUUAGACAGAGCAAAUGGAAGACUUAUUAUAGCAUGCAUGUUGAUCAGUGAUCAGUGGCUUUGGCAGUAAGCUGUAAUGGUGGGUUGCGAAGGUUAACUUAACUACUUGCAUUGAUGUGUUACUGGUUGGACACCUCACUGGUGAUAAGAUGAAUUAUGCAGCACUGACGUUUGGUUUGUGUUGCAGUAGAGGUGCUGUGUCAGUCGGGCUACCCCCAGCCUGGGUGGAUGUUUCUGAAGAGAUAUCUGCAAACAUGCAGAGGGCAAGGACAAAAAUGACGGAGUUGGCUAAGGCACAUGCCAAAGCCUUGAUGCCGUCCUUUGGCGAUGGCAGAGACGACCAGCGAGCAAUUGAGGUUCUCACACAUGAGAUAACAGACUUGCUGAAAAGGUCCGAGAAGAGGCUGCAGAAGCUGUCCAUGAAAGAUUUGUCAGAGGAUUCAAAUGUCCGAAAGAAUGUCCAGCGUUCCCUUGCUACAGACCUGCAAAACCUGUCAAUGGAGUUCCGGAAAAAGCAGUCAUCAUAUUUAAAGCAGCUUCGCCAACAAAAAGAGGGUCAGGAUGGUGUUGAUUUGGAAAUGAAUAUGAACGGGACAAAGUCUACAUUUGAAGACGAUGAGUUUGAUGAUGUGGGUUUCACUGAGAUUCAGAUGUCAAAACUUAAGAAAAGCGAAGCAUUCACUAGAGAAAGGGAGAGAGAAAUUGAGCAGGUUGUUGAAUCAGUCAACGAACUUGCACAGAUUAUGAAGGAUCUUUCAGUUCUUGUGAUUGAUCAGGGAACCAUCAUCGAUCGGAUAGACUACAACAUACAGAACGUUGCAGCUUCAGUUGAGGAAGGUUACAAACAAUUGCAAAAGGCUGAGAGGACCCAGAAGAAAGGGGGCAUGGUGAUGUGUGCCACUGUCCUUGUCAUUCUGAUCUUCAUCAUGAUAGUCCUUCUGAUUUUGAAGACCAUUUUCUGACAUACUUAGCUAUCUCAUUUUAAUGGUUGAUGAAUGGUGGCCAAGCACACACCACGCUCAUCUAUUCAUGUGAGUGAGGAUUGCACCAUGCCUGCAUAUCAAGAACGCCACAAAUUCAUUUGAAUAGCGGCGAUACGACUCACUGAUCUGAAGAUGGAACCAUCUUGAGUCUUGGCCACAAUUUUUGCAUCGUUGCAGAUGUAGACAUGCCCUAUUCAUACAGGACUCUUAAUUUUAGAGAGAGAAAAAUCUGAAGAGGAUUGUUUGACACGUUUCACCUUCCAGUUUGCCUUGGAGCAACCGGGUUAGGCUGGCUGUGUAUGCCUCUGUAUAGAGUGAGUUGUAUCAUACAUCAGGGUAUCGGAAAUCAGAAAGUAGGUUCAGUUCCUGUGUCAUCUCUUUUCUGCUUUAUGUUGUCUGCCCUUCUAUUUUGAGCUAGCUUUGAAGUGGCAUUUCAUUGUACCAUAUCCUAACAAUUGUUCUGACAACUUUCGCCCGGGUAGUCGGAUAUGCAAUGAGAUUUUGUGCUA